UCUGGAGAGAGAGAGAGAGAGAGAGAGAGAGAGAGAGAGGUAGGGUUACGAUGUUGCGCCGGAACACGCGGCUGAGGAGGGAGUACUUGUACCGCAAGAGCUUGGACGGGAAGGAGAGGGAGAAAUACGAGAAGAAGCGGAAGAUCGACCAAGCCCUAAAAGAGGGGAAGCCGAUACCCUCCGAGCUCCGGAACGAAGAGGCCGCGCUCCGUGAGGAGAUCGAUCUCGAGGACGAGUACACCGCAGUGCCAAGAGCUCUCAUUGAUGAUGAAUAUGCCACUGCAUCAGAAAAGGAUCCAAAAAUUUUGUUGACCACAUCUCGCAAUCCAAGUGCACCCUUAACUCAAUUUGUGAAGGAACUAAAAAUUGUCUUUCCUAACUCAACAAGAAUGAAUCGUGGUGGUCAGGUGAUCUCAGAAAUUAUCGAGUCUUGUCGUGCACAUGACUUCACUGAUGUUAUUCUGGUGCAUGAACAUCGGGGCGCGCCUGAUGGUUUAAUUGUCUGCCAUUUGCCAUUUGGUCCAACUGCAUACUUUGGACUAUUCAAUGUGGUGACAAGACAUGAUAUUAAGGAAAGGAAGGCUAUGGGAACGAUGUCGGAGGCUUAUCCUCACUUAAUCUUUGAUAAGUUCUCUAAGCAGCUUGGUCAAAGGACUAGUAAUAUUUUGAAACAUCUCUUCCCUGUACCAAAACCAGAUUCUAAACGCAUCAUUACUUUUGCCAAUAACACCAAUUACAUCUCAUUCAGGCAUCAUGUCUACGAAAAACGCGACGGCCCGAAAUCUAUCGAGUUGAAGGAGGUCGGUCCUCGGUUCGAGCUACUGCUUUAUCAGAUCAAGCUAGGCACAGUCGAACAAACCGAAGCCCAAAACGAGUGGGCACUUAGACCGUUCAUGAACACCACCAAGAAUCGAAAUUUCCUUGGAGAGUAGCGUGCGUACUGCUUUACAUAUUAUUUCGCGCUUGUCUUCUUAUUUAUGCUUUUUACUGUAUCAUUUUGGGCGCCAUCUUUUUAAAUUUUCAUUUGCUCUAUGCUUCGCAAGUCGCUUUCAAGUGCGCAACUUCUUUACACUUCAUGUUGUCUUUCGUCACUAUGUAGAAAAUAUGGGUUCUCAUAGAAAGGAAUUACCGAGAGAACGUUUUGCGUGUUCUUUGGAUGCGGUAUGUUUUGCCUUGUCAUGUUUUAUCAUUUUAGGAGCUUAACAUUUAUAUUGUAAUAUCUCUCUUUGAUGACCA